UUCUGUCAGGAGUCCCAACCUGAAGAGACUGAAGUAAGGAUGGCAGUUUGGGACAAAAGGAUUCUCUGGGCCGUCAUGUUGGUCCUGACAGGAGCUCUGGGUCAAAGAGUGAACUAUCCAGAUCCUGUUUGUGGUAUAAAAGGAUCGACCGUCACCCUCCCCUGCUCCUUCAACACACUGAAGUCUGUCAAGAUCAUCAGAGUCGUCUGGUGCAAGAACCAUGAAAUCUGUCAGAGAGAGACUCCGUCUGUGUACGACAGCAGCUCAAACAACAACAACCCUCGUUACAGAUACCUGGGAGACAAGAAGGGAAACUGCACUUUACAGAUCUCAGAUCUACAGAAGGAAGACAACGCAACUUUUCACUUCAGAAUGGAAGCUAAUGAUCCUAGAGCAUCUUUUACUGGCCAAUCAGGAGUGAGAGUCACAGUAGAUCAGAUGGAGAUAAGAAGCUCCAGAGAUGACGGAGAGUUUAAAAGAGGAGAAGAAGUCACACUGAACUGCACCGCUGCAAUCUGCUCUAUCCACCAACUGGAGGUCAGCUGGUUCAGAGAUGGCUCCGCCCUCUCAGAGUCUGGCCCCACCCUCCAUCUCAGCUAUCUGACUGCAAUGGAUUCUGGGAACUACACCUGUGGUUUGAAGAAGAACAAGCGCACCCUCUCAGUGCCGUACAGCCUGCAUGUGGAGGCUGACGAGGAAGGAGGAGGUCUGCCUCUGAUCGCUGGUCUGGUGGUCGGGGUCCUGCUGGUUCUCUUCGCUGUUGUUCUGGUCGUCUGCAUCAUCAACAGGAUGAGAGCAGCAGGUCAGGAUCAGACAGCCGUGGGAUGGGACAGGGGACAACAGCACUCUGAUAACAUCUACAGCAACAUCUUGCUGCCCCCUGCUGAGCAGCAGGGACCCAGCAGCUGUGGAGGAAGUCAGCUACGCGUCCAGUUCACACACAAGAAGCAGGCCAGACCGGCAGAGGAGGCGGAGGAGCCCAUCUACAGCUCUGUAGCCAGAACAGGCUGA